UUUAUCAAUUUGUAAAAUCUGAAUCAAUGGGACCUUCGAUAGUUUUGAUUGCCACAAAAAUAAAUACUCAGAAAAGAACCAUCAACCAACUCAUUUUGAGAAGAAUUUUAAGAAACUAUAACAUCAAUUUUUUUCUAUAGCAGCCUGUUUGUAAGCAAUUUUUAUAGGCUUUAACUACAUGAAUGAUGAUACCAUUUAACUAAAUUGGAUUUUAUCACAAAAAAUCAUUUGUGGCUUUUUGAUUACUAACAAUUUAUAGAGUGACAAAGGUGGUAUCUUAAUUUUCAGACAGCUUGAUGCGUCAUGUUAGUGUGUUUUAUAUUUAGGUCUACACGUUAACAAAAAAAAUGACCAAGUUUCCUGAAAUAUCAUAUUUACUUAAUGAAAAAAGGGAUGCAUCAACAACCAGCAUAGUAAAGGUGUUAAAGAAAACAACCAGACAACUUUUUGCUUUCUGUAGUGAAGAUGAACUCAUAUUUUUGACUUAUCCAAAAGAAAGGAGUAAAGCCAGACACUUGAUCAAUGACAGUGUUAGCAUUCAGGAGAUAAAAGAAUCCUUUCAAGCAAAGAAUAGAAACCAGAAACCUCAAAACUAUUGGUUUAUAAAGUUCAAUGAUACUGUUUUGGAUUUUUGUUUCAAUAUUAAUGCAGAUGUACUGUUUGUUCUAACAAGUAAUGGUGAUGUUUGGCUUGUCUCUAUUGAUGCUUUAUUUAGCAGAUGUUUUCAAAGUUCUGUAGAAUCCGAUAUUUUUGCUGAUUUACUUCCACAGAACCCUUCAAACUCGGGAAUAAACAUCAGCAGUUUGAAAUCUCUUUUUCUUACGAUGGAAGGAGGGCUUGUCAUGAAUACCACUGAGAAUGACUUAUUUUUGCUUUCAGCAUGUGGUAACAAAUUGAAUAUUUUAGUUUCAAGCAUCAAAAUUCAGUCACAAGCUUCAAAUUUAAAGCAAACAAAACAGCUUUUUGAUUCAAUGCCUCAUAAACACAUAACUUUAUAUUUUCUAUCUGCCAAUAAAACAUUUCCAGGAGUUAUCACUGAUCAAAAACUGUUUUCAGACUUGUUUUUAAACCAGUUGGUAUUAACCUCGUUUGUGUGUUUGUUUAGCACAGAUGGAUGCUUGUUCUAUGUAUCGGUAACAGGUGAACGAGGUAUCUCUGAUGUCCACGUUUUAUGUGAAUUAAAACAGCCAUUGAAAUCUUUAAGUUCAAUGACUGUCAAAAAUGCUACAUGUGAUAGUUUUGUAAGUUCCACCUGCUAUGAUGAGCCUGGAAAAGCAAAAGUUGAUAAAGCAAUAGAGUCUUUCUGUGAUAAAGCUGUUGAGAACAACAUUUUACUACUGGUUGGAGUUUCAGGAAAAACAGUAUCUAUUUUUAAUGAUGGACAAAGAAUUAUUUAUUUUGGAAAUCAACUCCCGUCUCCUGUCAAAGCAAUCACAACAAGUGAGGAUAUCAUAAUUCUCUCUGAUCUUACACAUGUUUAUAUGUAUAAAAUGGUAGUCAAAGUGCAUUUGAUACAUGUAAAAGGAGACUCUCACAUGCAAUUUCAUCCUGGACAUAUAUUACAACAGAAAGUACCAAUAAUAAAUAUUGAAGCUAUGUGCAAUUUUAGUUCAGAAUUCAUGCUUGUAUAUUGCAUUAACACAGAUAAAAAAGUAAUGGAAGUCCAAUUCCAAACUUCAGAGUAUAAGCCGAACAAUGGAAGUUUAGAAACAGUUAUUAAACAACUGCAAGAUUUAGAUACUGAAUUAAUCAACGUCGAAAACAAGUCAUCUACCAUGAACCUCCUUUUAUUAGAAAUCCAAAUGGUGACAGUUAUAAGUUAUGCUUUGCAACGACAAGUCAAAUAUGGGCAAAAUAUAUUGUUUGAUGUUCACAUUGAUACACAGCUAUUAUUUACAACAAACGAACAAAAAUUGCUCGUAAAUUGUGACUUCGUGAAUGAUUCUAUGCAUGUUUUCCAUGGCAAUUGGAGUAUCACUAUCAAGUGCCAACACAAGUAUUUAAAAGCUGCCUCCACAGAACCACUACAUAUCCAAUCUCAAAAUGAAAACAUUCCUUUGCCUUCAGUGCAGUCGAAAAGCAAGUGUAAAUUUGACUUUUUAAUUAAUUCCAGUUGGUUAAAAUAUUCACCGAUUGUAUUGCACUUUUAUUUAAACUUCACUUUUGAGGAUAUUUGUAACAGAGCUCAAAUCGACAAAGAGUUCAACAGUGUGAGUUUUUAUAUAAAAAGCCAUGAGAUAAAUGUAAUUGAUUUCUGUAAGCUGUCAAAAACAGCAAGCCUAUAUUUACCCACACUUGCAAAUGGAGAGGAUCAACGUCUAAGCAGAGAUAUCUUAUUUUUUCGGAAACUGCAAGUAGCAGAUGGACAACAACUACUGAAGCAGGAUAAUUUUGAAUUUUGUGUUCCGUUAACACCAAAUGUAGUUCAGUAUAUCAAGAUAUCGCAAAAUUCAGAAGAAACAAAUAUUAAACUGUUGAUAUAUAAAUAUCUUCUUCACAAAGAAUGUGAUUUUUCUUCCACCAAUUCUUCUAUCACUCUUAAUCAUGUAAAUGGAGAAGAGGCAGAAAUUAUUCUAAAGGAAAGAGACAACAGUGCAUAUGAUUUGUAUCUCAAGUCAAAUAAUUUACCUUUUCUUGCUUCACUUCAUUCUCAUAUCUUAUCAGUAUUACAGGAAUGUCCAACAGAUCUUAAUGAGGAUGAUGACUGUAGUAAAAGACUUCAAGAGCUGUCGAAACGUUGCACAAACCUGGAAGAAAGUUUGCAUAGUGGUGAUGCUGACAGUACAAAUGAAGAAUUUUUAUCAGAACUGAUGAGUGUUUACACAGAGUUACGAUGUACAAAGCUAUGAAAAAACGUUUCUAUGAUGUUGGGUAAAUCUACUUCAUUAUAAUUUUAUGGGUGUUUUUUUUUGUGAUACGUGAUUUAGCCAUGACUUCCAAUAUUUUCUUUGUUUUUGUGUUUACUUGAAUGUCACCUCUGUUUGGGGAACCAAGCUAUAAAAAAAUAGUUAUUAAUGUUUUUUUUUUUUAUGAAGCAGGUAGAGCUGUAUUUAUAGCUGAAUUUUUGAAGUUCACAGCACAAAGAAUUUUGUGUUAGUAAAGAGUGUUACAAUAAAGUAUUAUUCCUUCUUAAUUUCAUGUGUUUUUUGGUGGUGUUUGCAAUAUUGUGUAUUAGAGAAAACAGAACGAUGCACAGCUUACAAGCAUUCAUAUUUAAUUAAUACUAUGCUUGUUAUACAAAAGUUACCUGCGCUUUUUUUUAAAUUCAAAAGAUUGUUGUAUGAUCUCUGCAACUAUGUUUUGUUUCAUACCUUCUCUUUGAUAACACUAUCUGAAAAUUAAUGUAUUGGAUCCAAAAUUUGUCAAGAUUUGCAAUCCAACCCUAUUUUGGGUUAGUCUAAAACACAUGCGCGAGUCCACCUAGUCAUUUCAGACUCGCAUAAAGAUAAGUAACACAACUCUAUUUUUUUAUUGUUAUUGUUUUGCUUCAUUCUUAAACAAAUGACAAGAUGAAAACAUAUUUGAAAUAAUAUAACCUCUACAAAGUUUUUUUUAUAUAAAACCAAUACUUUUUACACAUGGAAAAUAAGUUUAGUUUAAGGAAUAACUAGAACAUUUAGUAAAUUUAAUCUCAUUAGUUUUGUGUCUCAGUUCAAAAAUAAUUAAAAACAAAGGCAAAAUGAUACCGUUAUGCUUCAAAUAAACGCCAGGGCGUUUAUUAAAUUUUUUGACAUUUUGAGGGAGGGGGGCUUCCUAUUCGAUGUGGGCGUUUAAAAGAGGGGGACGUUUAUUAAAUUUUUUACACUAUGUCUCUUUUGCAGUUUUUAAGGAUACCUAUAAUAUAUAUGUCUUCACAACAGAAAAUAAAAGAUAUUUACAUGUUUUAGAGAAUGAACUUCAAAAGCGAAAAGCUAAAUUUCCAACCUUAAACCUAAGAUUUAGGAAAAAAGUAAGUAAGUAUAUAUAUACUUUUACUAUUGCCUCGUAUAAACUCCCUUUAUGAGUGAGGUGCGUCUAUUCGAGGCAGGCGUUUAUUUAAAAAAAUCACUGAAAAGCAGUCCUCGUCAACACACGCCCACACACGCCUUGUUUGAAUGUUCCCGUGCAAAUCGCACACCAAAAUAAAUAAUAUUCUAUUCAAUAAAAGCGUACGGGAAUAAUAUACAGUGCUGAUUGCAAGUAAAGCUACACAUCUUUGAGAGUACGAGUACAAAUAAAUGCGAGUAAAAUAAUUCAGAGUGAGAGUACAAUGCAAGUGUGAGUAAAAUAAAUAAGAGUAAUCUUUUUAAUAACAAGAGUACGCAAUAAUUAAGCUACUAUAACAUAAGACAUUAAUUUUAAUUCACCAUUUAAUUUUUUUUUUAAUUAAGUUCCUCUUUUGAAAUUAAUAAAUAAAUUUUAAAGUUCAACUUUUUCGUCUUUUACUUCUUUAAAUGCUUUCGCUACCUUCGUUAUAUGAAAUCACUUCCAGCAUGUUCUUUCGCAAGCACAGAGUCAGCAUGAUAUCUAAUUAUAGUUAUGGUGAUCAAUUGCUACAUGCAGACUUUGCUUUCUGAAUAUUUUUCAACAAACAUUGCUUUAUAACUCAGACAACAAUCAGUAUAAUUUUAAAAUAUCGCCAUAGAAACAGGACGUCGCAAAGCUUGUUAUUGUUUUGUUUAAGGGGGAAUGUUUUAAGAUUGAAGCAACAAUAAUAAGGUGAGGGAUUUUUUUAUAAAAAAAACAGUUUAAUGUUUAAUGAUAUAUUUUUUUUGAAAAAUAUAAAAAUAAAAAAUAUUUACAUCUAAAAAAAUAUUUACAAAAAAUUUAUUAACUGAAGGAGUUUUAUGACUCUAACAUGCAUGUUUUAUAAUUUUUCUUCAUUCUGUUGCUACGUCGUAUAAUUUUUCUUUUCAAAAUUAAUGAAUAAGGAACACAUCGCACAUUUUUGUUUCGUCGCAACAAAUUACCUGUUUUUCAAAACAUGGCAAAAUUAGUGUUGCUGUAUGCGAGUUCUAUGAUUACUCGAGAAAAAAAUGGAACAAAAAUGAGCAUAUGCCAUUACACGCCAUAGAAAAUUAUGUGCGAACAUCGCACGCCACAAAAUGAUUAAAAAGUAUCAUGACGUGCGAAGCUCGCACGCCAGUAUUUUUCUUCCUGACGAGGCCUGGGAAAGGAGGGGCGUCUAUUCGAGGGGGGCGUUUAAUAGAAGAGGGGCGUUUAUUCGAGGGGGGCGUUUAAUAGAAGAGGGGCGUUUAUUCGAAGCAUUACGGUAGUUCAACAAAAUAAAAAAAACAACGAUUUUCUGCUGUAACGAAAACAAAAGAGUAUUAAGCAAAGUAAUUAUUAAGUCAGUGUUGUUACUCUUCACCACUGUCUGACAACUCAAAAUGCAACAAUUCUUCAUCCAACUUGGUUUUUUUAGUUCCAAUUUAAGAAUUUUAUUGAUGCGUCUUUUGCUUAAUUCCUGAUCGGACUCACCGUCUUCAUCUAUGAAUCUCUCGAUGUUUUUCGCAAUUGAUUUUUUUCAACCAUUUUUAGAUUUUAGCGCUUCUUUUCUUGAGGUAACCAUUAAUAAAUCUUUGAUUUUCUCAUGGCCAAGGCACCCUCUCCAAUCUGUAAUAAUACACCUAACAGUGCUGAAUGCACGUUCUACUAUAGCGUUACUAAAUGAAAAGCAUAAAAGCAAUUCCACCAGCAAAAAUAAGUUUGGAAACACUUGAUGUGUCUCAAUGUACGCACUUGCCCAAAAUCCUGAGGGAUCCUUUCCGCACUGUGUUGCAUCUUGGUAUCAAAAUUUGAAAUUUUCGAACUUUUUAUGUAAAUGGCAACACAAGUAAAUCCUGCCUUUUCUAAGGUUAUCUGUACAAUAAAAAAUGUUUUUUAGAAGGACAGUAAACAAGAAAAAAAAUAGCAACAAAAGUGAAUAAUACAAACCCCGAACCGGCGAAACAAGCUUUCAACAUUAUUCUUUCCAAAAUUUACAAGGGUCAAUGCCUGCUCUCAGGUUCAACAAUCGACACCCAGUUCCUAUGAUUCAUCCAAGAUAUCUUUCUGAAAACGCUGGACUCAUCGGAAAAUUCGGAAAAUCUUUUACCAAGGAUUUCUUAUAACGAAGAGAAUACUACAGUUCUUUGAUGGCUAACUAAGUUUGAACCUGAUGCAGAUCAGGUUCAACAGCAAAAAUAAAUUUCUCGUUGAAAUUUUUAAAUUUUUUUGUUUGUAGUGACUUAGCCAUUAAUAUGACUGCUUGGUAGUAGUCAUAUUUUCAUAUAUAUAUAUUUUCUUCAAUAACCAUGGUAGCUGUUGCUAAUUGAUCAGGGGAUGUACUUUCAAAAAAGUCAGGAGUAGCCUGCAUGGUUGUUAAUUUCAAGCAUAAACCCUGAACAAUAUUUGGUGAAUCUGAUAUAGACUUCCCGUUUUUAUCAGUCUGUACUGCAAGAGAAGCAGAUGACAUCCAAUUCAGUGUGUCAGCAUAUGCAUGACAAUGCAUGUAAAACUCAAAACUCAAGAAAUAAGUAAAAUUUCUCAACCAAUUGGUAGAUUUUUCACAUUUUUUAUGUUUCUUGUGUGUCAGUGCUCUUUUAUGUGCCAGAAAUUGGGUUCCAAAUGGUUUAAAAGUUGAAACCAAAACAACGCCAAUCUGCUCCACUACUUUUUGCAGACCAGUACAUUCCUUGGAGUUUUUUUGAAAGUGAAGGAAAACAAAGUUAAAAAUCCGUCUAUGUCACGGUAAUGCUCAAAGAGAUAGUCACCACAAGCUAAUUCGAGACGAUAUGAAAAGUACUUACUAACCAAUCUGUUAUAUUUUUCUAUUUAGCUAACAACCUAUUUCUAUGUCACUAGCUCCAUCUGUUCCCGCGUCAAUAAUCUGCAUAACAUAUUUCUCCAUUUCUAAUUCCAACUCUUGUAGCUAAAGGGGUAUCAUCAGUACUCAGAAAUGUUGAAUUAAAAAUCGUUACAAGCGACUUUAGCGUAGCUUAAUAUAAGUUUGCUGCAUUUACAGAAAAAUAAAGCUUUAAAGUAAAAAAAUAUAAUAGUUCAAUUUUUGGCUUGCAAUGGGGGGCUGUUCGAAGAUAUAUUAAUUCAUCCUCAUAUGUUACUUUUUUUUAGCAGCCUGUAACCCAUCAAUAAGCCAACUGCAGAAGUUAGAUUUACCAGUAUUAAUUCCGUAUGGAUUUCAUUACGCAAUUCUUCCACAAUUAAAUGGAUAACGACUUGCAACUAUUGUUAUUAUUGUAUACCACAGUUAAAUGCGCUCCAUUGUCAUUGUUCAGUUCUAUUAGUUUAGUUGUUUAGUUCUAUUAAAUCUACAAACUCAAUGAAAGGUUUUUCUUUCCUGCCAAUAUAAAGAGCCGUACCAAAUAAUGGCGUUACGGCCUUUAACACACAUUACUUCGAUGUCCCAAAAAAAAAAUAUACUGCUCUGAGAUGAAAUAGUAUAGAUACACCGGUGUCUAUCCUUAUGCAUUUUGUGUGGCCAGCGGAGUUAAAGUGUCGCUCAAAAUUAAACUUUGGCAUCCAACUGGAACCCUGUAUUCCAUAUUUAUUUACGUCGCCACAAAUUUUUCCUUUGUUUAGAUACUUCACUUUGUCCACAUUUUUUUUACAAAUUUUGCACUUAGCGCGAUUUACAAAUGUGGCAUCUUCAUUAUAAGUUGAUUUCAGAUUUUUUACAAAUUUUUCUGGCCAUUUUAAAAACGUAAUUUUCGUUGUUGUUGUUUUUGAAUUUGUUCCUUGCUCUAUUUUCAUUUACAAGAUGAAGAUUUGCUGUGCAAAGUGAUGUUCCAUUCCCGUAUUCAAUUAUUCUUAUUGUAUCGAAAGGUGAUAUUUUUAACUGGCUAUUAAUAAAAGAUUUUUAACACAAACAGCCAUGUACGUGACAGGCAACAUACAGGUGAUUAAUAUCAAGUAAGAAAAACGUUUUUAUUCUUCUUUUUUUAACACAAAAAAAUAUAUAUAUAUUUCUUUACAUUUAAAAUUUGUUACAUAGUCUUUGGGGUUCUUUCUCAUUCAUUAAAUUUUUCUUACCGCCUUUUUCUGCGAACAGAAAUAAUUAUGUUGUGUGAAUAGCGCUUUUUCUAAUUUUUCCUUUAGAAUAAAAGUAAAACUAUAUAUUGUUCAAAAGAUAAAACAAAUUGUCUAUAACAUUCAUCAACAUAGCAACAAAAAACAUAUUUUACUUUCGAAAGUAUGUUAGGUUUUCCCCCUGACCGUUAAAAAAUACUAUCCUCAUGAAAACUGCGAAACAAGUGCACAAAUGCUGUGAACAUGGCUAAGUUUAAUUCCAACAAAAAGCUUUUGGAAGAAAAUUCAGAUAAACCAAGGAAGUUUCGGCAGACAAUAAAAAACAUCAUGCCUUGCAAAUCCAAAGGAACGUCCUGUAGAUCACAUUUUCUUGAAGACAGUUGUGUUAAAGCUGACACUCCUGUUCAAAAAUCUAACUUACUAAGCAAUUUCUUUUCAAAUGUUGCAAUGACUUUAAAAAAGAAAUCCAUUUUCAUGAAAGAUUUAAUUUGGCGCCAACCAAACAAAGUCUAACCAAUAACGACACAAAGGUUUGAUUUUAAAUAUGUUUCUAAGUCUUUCGUAGAAAAGGAAUUGAAGAACUUAAAACGCCACAAGGCAACUGGUAUUGAUAACCUUCCACCAGCUUUGAUAAAAGAUAGUGCUAAUGAAAUAUCACAACCGCUAUGUUUCAUAAUCAACUUGUCACUGAGUACAGCAGACGUACCUACAGAAUGGAAACACGCUACUGUUACACCAAAACACAAGUUGGGACCAUCUACCAAAGUUGACAACUAUCGUCCAAUUUCGAUUCUACCAAUUGCCUCAAAAAUCCUUGAACGAGCUGUGAGAGUUUUAUCGUAAGGGGGCAGCAACAGUGCUUGCAUUUAGAGGGCAAUAGACUGAAUGGAAAUAAAAGACUAUAAAACAACUUCAACAUUUUCUUUUGUCUUUCGACAAACUAAAACCAUAAAUAACAGAAGAAUACCCAAAUCGAGUAUAAUAAUACUAAUAUAAAAACACAGAAUGAGCGUAAAAAUGGAAUACUGAAAAAAAAAAUAGUAAUAAAAAAAACGAUACUAAAGUCCAUCAUGUGUUCAUUAUGCGUGCGAAUCGAUCAAUCUACCAAUUAAUGAAUACUUUUGCUUCGACUUAAAAUUCACGAAGUAAACAUGAAUGUACACAAAUUUUAAUGAAAGAAACAACAACGAAAAUAUCACUUAUGAAAGGGAAGGAUUUACAAAAAGUAGGAACUCGCCUGUUUGAAAUUUCUUGAAAUCUUGCAAACGUAACACAACAAAAGUAGUAACAAAAAGAGUUGAAAACUGGUACUUCAGGUUUGAAUCCUCAAAAGUCGCAAGCACUUUUAACACAACAAUCAAUGUAAAAACUGAAGAGAAAAGGAGCAGACAGUUCAGACUCGAUACUCAUAAAUGUUAUUAUAUAAACGAUAAAUAUAUACAUGAAACUAUAUACUUUGUGAAAUGUAUAAACAACUAUGUUGUUUUGUUUUUCUUCCCUAUAUUAAUUAGCAUUGCACUUGUAGUUGUUAUCAAGCAAUGUUUUUUGAAGAAGUGAAAAAACAAACGUACAAUAGGAAAGAAUAAAUCAGGUUGUUUCUAUUCGAUUUGAAAAAUCUCAAUAAUGCAAAACCCUGAACUGAUUUUCAACAGACAACAAAUCGAACCUGGUUCUCGUAAAAUCUCAAAAAAAUGAACACAAUAAAUGUAAAAAUUUAAAAUGUCACUACUAGGGUGAAAGCAGUUGAAAAAACUAACUGUUUGACUCGAGCAUCAUCAGAUAACAAUAACUUCACUCUUUUUGCAUAAAACUUACAACAUUGUCUGACACAUUAACUUGCAUGAGAAAUUGAACAUUCAGCAUGCUUCUUGCAACCAUCUUUGUAUCAUCCAAGGUUACUUCAAAGCAAGAUGUUAUUAUCUCGCCAGGUGCACAAUAUUCCUGCCUUGCUUUUGUAUUGCUAUUCAGUAACGUAAAUGUAACAUUAGUUUUCUCUUGGCAGAGUUCUUUCACUGAGAUGUUUUGACAUUUUUCGCAUUCAACCGAAUCUUCUUCAUUUGCUUCCACAGUGUGCUUGCACAUGCUGCAACGCAAUUGAGGCAAAAGCGACUUAGUAUUCACUGAAACAAUUUUACCCGUGACAGCUGCGGAUGUUGAGUCAACAAGGUCUUUCUCGGUGAAACUUUCAGGAUCCAACGAGACUGACGCAGUUAUUGUCGAAGAAUCCAUGGUUUUCAGUAACCGCUGUGAUUGAUAUUUGGAAACCCGAAGAUUUCCAAAACAAUAGACAGUUUUGUCUUCAACCUUGUCAACAAGGUCGCCAAAUAACUUGCACGUUGUUUAUCGACUGUCUUUUUAAUGUCUGCCGUGGCUUCGUCAUCAACAUUUUUUUGAACAUAUUGAACUUCAAAUGAGCAAUUCUCAAAGUCUGCAAGAUUUUGUCGAUAAUUUUUUUUAUUAUGGCUUUGUACAUCACAAAGCGACUUGAAUUUCAGUAAUAUGGAUGAACCAUCGGGGCUGAAACUUCAUGACUAUCUACCGUGUGUGUCAAAUAGAUAAAUGGACAUUUUUUCCCAAAUAAUCGAAACACUAUAUCCAACAGCUAUAAAAAUUAGACCGUUUCCAACAGAGGCAGAGUUCAUGGCAUUGUGCUGCGCAAAAUAUCUAACAUCACCUAAAAAACCUGUGAACUUAUCCCCCAACACUACAGCUACACACCGUUGUUCAAUGUUUACAAUAGACGGUAAUUCUUCAACACUGAGAGGCCGGUAUAUUUUAACAUUUUUAAAGUUAUCAUAAGAAAAAAUCCUAUCAAUAAGAAAAAAGCUCCCGCGCGACAAAACGCGCGCGCUGAGAGGGGGAAAUUCUGUUCGCGCGAGCGAUCUUACAGUUCCAAAAUUAAGACAAAAAGAGAAAAGAAACAUUAAUUUCUGAAGUCGGGGGACGAUUUAACCAGUGAACCCCUGAACAUUGGAGACUCGAAAGCCUUUAUCUUGACUUCAUUCGUUACGAAAAUUGUAUCAUGUAUAUAUGUUAAUCUCUUUUUAUCUACUUGUGGUGCCUAAUUAAUAUAACAAAAUUCUAUUUUUUUUUAGGUUUGUAUAUAUAUUUGAAGAUAACAAUUUAUAGAAAGUGUUUCAUUAUAGUUUUACAAAUAGAGAUCGUCCUCGCUGUCCCAGCUCUCGUCACUUGAACAACUAUCAUCAUCUGAGCGGUCAUCAUCAGUUAUAUUAUCGAUACGGUUUGGUUCUGACGUAUUCAACUUGAGCCGCCUGCGUUUUGCCAUGUAGAGCACUCUCGCUCUUUCGAUGAUUUCUUCCCGCUCCUGAGGUGACCACAGAUUAUCGUUGCCAGAAAUGAUCAAAGUAUCCUCCAAUGUAUCGUGAGCCAUUGAAAGUCGCCGGUCUGAUAGAAUGGAAGUGACAGUACUAAAGCACCGUUCAACACUGGAGUUUGAUCCGGAUUUCUAAAAUAGAAAAUACAAUCUCAGGAAUUUAGGAUAUUAUCACUCAGCUACAUAACAUGGAAUCAAUCUAGGCGAGUGAAAAAUCACUCCACAGAGGCCUCAUAUUUCAGAAUUAGGCGCGUGUUUGCGUGUGCGGGAGCGAUCGCGCGCCUCUUAUUGAUAGGCCUGAUUUCGCUUAAUUGCUGACCAACAUAUUGACAAUAAUGAGUUACACAUACAUUGAAUACCUGCAGUGGACCCAAAUUUUUGAUCACCUUGAUGAAAUGAACCUGAUGUAGAUUUUAUAUGGAUAGGGGAAGGGUCAGCAGAUAGGGAAGUUGCCAUAAUAGAGCAUAAAAUAUUUUGUUUACAAAGUUUACCAUGGAAGGCUGACAAAGUUUAUCAUAGAAGGCUGAAUAAAGCUGAACAGUGCUGAGGGACCAGCUUGAAAAGACAGAUGAUGUCAAUUUUCAAACACUAAGUCAAAAAUGAUGAUUUUUGUUCGAAAGCUGAUAAAAUAUGAUAAAAUGAUGUGAUCAAAAUGUUUUAAGCUCCAAAAUGACUUGAUAAUCCUGAAACCAUAGUUGAAAGACUAAUACAUACCAAAAAUCCACAACAAAGUAUAUAAAAACCAAACCAACUUCAACAACGUGCAAUGAGUUUCAAAAUGGCAGAGCUUACCAGCCAAACUUUUGGCAGAUCCAACAUGUGCGCAGGUCUGGACCUGUGGGCGCGAUAGAAGCGCGCAUUGCGCAAAAAUGUAAAAACGGCGCGCCAUCUAAAAACUUUUUAUUCCCGAAGUUGCCUUUGAAACACUCACCAACCUAAAGGUGUGAGUGACUAAAAACAAUUGUUUUUUGUUAUUUACAAUAGAUAUGUUUCUUCAUAAUAUAUCAUAUUCGCAUGUGAAAGGAUAUUUUUUCAUAAUUUGCUCUAGCCACUUUAACGCUUUCACAUAUCCCCUUGCUUGAUGUUACGGGUAUUUCAAGUCCUAAAUCAGCCCAACGAUUAACUUUCUUUCCAGUAACAGUACAUAAUAUGGUAGAUCCAGGCAGUAAAAGGAAGUUUGAAAAAGCCUUGCUCAAACCCAGAGGAGCACGGCCUACAACAUAUGAAUUACGCAUGAUGGAAACAUCGUAAGUAUCAUGAGGAUUAUCAGUUUUUCGCGUACAAACCAAUAUUUCUCCAUCAAAUGGAUUCCAGAUGUUCAUAUAUACGUGGUAACCCCUUGCAUACGAAUUGAAGGAAAAAUAAUUUGCUUCGCAAUAACACGUGGCAAAGGUUCGUUGAUAUUGUUAGUCAUUUGUUUAAGCAUCAUUUCUUCUUUGCUCAAAACAGUAGAAACAGUGAUAUGAAGUAAACCAGUUCUUUAAUAUGUUUGUAUCAAGAAAGUAUUUUGCAACAUGUUUCUUCGAACGUUCGAAUCAGAAUAGAAACACAAGAAGCCGAGGAUGAUUUUGAUAUUAAACGACCAGAGUUAAAAAUAAAGUCAAGUCAGGAAGCCUUAUCUAUUGUAGAUGAUUUGAACAACUUUUGUGAAACAAUAGGCGAUGCUGACUUAGUAAGUGCUUUGAAUCUUGUCACACUACGAAUUGAAGCAUUUAGGCUAAAAAAUGUUUCACAAAAAAAAAGUAACAGAUUAUUUUAGUAAAAAGUUGUAACAUGAUUGUAGAUUGUACUCAUAAAAUCAUGUAUUUACAUGAGUUUAUUUUAAUCAUGAAUCAUUCUUUGAGGCCCUUCCACGACCAGACUUUUUGAUAAAAUAAAGGAUGUUCAUAUAAAACCUCCAUACAUCGGUCACCUCUAAUGCAACGGCCACUAAGCUGGGUCCCCCAAAGUGGCCGCUAUUAGAGGUUCCACUGUAAAAUUGUCAGUGAAACUUUUCCACGUGGUAAGAUCACAAGAGAACUUUUUAAUCUCGAUUCUUGGGAGCUUUAUUGAUGUGUUGUUUACACUUUUUCUCUUCCCUCCCAAUUUUCUUCUUUUCUCUUCUUUUUCUGCUCAAUGAUAUAUUCGUUAAGUUCAAAUAAAUACUCUUUUGACUCUACUUCAAAGUUCAAACUUUCUUCAAUAAGUUGCUUUAAGGUUUCUUCUUCGGUAGAAAGGUCAAUUAUUUGUUCAUAUAAGUUCUUAACAUAUGUGUUUUCCAAAUAGUACAUCUUUUUCGUAAUUUUAACAUCUUUUCUUCAAUAGAUAUCUAUCGUGG